AUGUCUUGUCAGAUCUGUUAUGCUGAGCUCCCUACUGAGAAAAUGAUAAAAUUAGGCUGCGGCUGUUUAUAUUGCAAAAUAUGCUUGAAUAUCUGAAUAACCUCUCAGCUUGAUCAUUAUAUUACCCAAAGCUUUAUUGUUCGUUGCCCUAAUGGAAAUCCUCCACACUUCCUGAGCGAAGACGAAGUAAAAACUAGCCUCUCUGACUCUGAGCUUAAUCAUUAUCAAUUACUUAUAAUAAGACGAAUUUUAAUGCAGCAAGAUGACUAUAAGAUCUGUCCUGCCAAAAAAUGUAAUUAUAUUGGAUGGACUGAUAAAAAAUGCCCAAAUCAGCUCAUAUGUGAACUGUGUGGGACUAAAUGAAUUGACCCUUCACUAAAAGGAGACACUUUAGGUAUUUUUGAAAGCUGCUAUAAGCUUAUUACAGGAAAAGAAAUAUCCUAUUUAUUAUCCUAUAUAUUUUGAUUUUAUGAAUCAAAAACUUGAUUUAUUUAAGAUUUUGAUAUUUAUAGCCCACAAGAAAAUAUUUUUUCUCUAUAAUAGAUUGGACAUCUUAAGCGAUAUUUGGAAAGACACUUGAACAAAAAAAUGCCCAAAAUGCAGCUAUCCAAUUGAAAAGAAUGGAGGUUGCAAUCAUAUGAAAUGUGAAAACUGUCAUUACGAAUUUUGCUGGAUUUGCAUGAAUGGAUUUAAUAAUCAUAUCCAAAAAAUGUGCUAUGACCAUCUUUCAACAACAUUUAAGAUAUUUUUCGGCUGAAUGAUAGCAUUUUUGGCAAUAAAAUUAAUUUACUCCUCAGAUGUUUUGUGCGAAGUUCUUAUAGGGAUUUUAAGUUUGUUGGGAUGCACCGUUAUCGUUAUAUGGAUUGGAUUUAUCUUAAUCUUCUUAUUUAAAUUAAUUUACCGAUUUAAUUGUAAAAAUAAGUCCUGAAAUAAAUUAAUUAAUUCCAUUUUUUGUGUUUUACAUAUUAUAAAAUUUAGCAGCCCAAUUAUUUAUAAUAGCCGUACUUAUCUUACUCCCCCCCUCCGUGAGUGAACAAAACCAUUAGAAAAAUCCCUAUUUUUUGCCCAAAAACCCACCCUCCGUGAGUGAACAAAAAUUUUUAAUAUAUUGUUUAUGGAAAAAAAUUUUGAUAUAUAAAUGAUAAUUAGUAUAAUGAAAUCUAGAGCUAAUUCUAUUUAAUUUUAAACGAAUUGCUUUUUAAAACAUAAAUUUUGCAAACUGAAUUAAUAUUUGCUUUCCAAUUUUUGCGAAUUAGGAUUUUUUUAAAAUUUCGAAAAAAAAUAUUUUUAUAAAAUUAUAUAUAUAAAUUUUUAUAAAAAAAAAAAAAAUUAACUCCGUGAGUGAACAAAAUUUUUUUAUUAACUCCGUGAGUGAACAAAAUUUUUUUAUUCACUCACGGGAGGGGGGGGAGUUAAAGAAAAUUUCUGAUCGUCGAAUUGUAUGGUUUUGCUGCUUAAUAACUCUAUUCUUUAUUGAUGCAUUUAUAGUAUGAUUGCUCAGUAUCUCUGAAGAAAAAGAAAGGGCCAGUGUUAUUUUUUCAUUUAUAUUAUUUGGCAGCUCUUCAUUAUCUAUUUAUAUUGCAGCUGUUAUUUUAUAUAGCACAGUGUAA